UCUCUUUGUCUGGCGACGCGCGACCGCGGACCUGAGUGAGCUGUAGCAUAUUUUACUACCUGGAACCGCGAUCGUGCUCAGCUCUCACGUGUAAAGUGUAUUUGUAAACUCUUGCGGUGCUUUCGUUGUGUGUUUUGUCGAUUGUUCCGUCCCAGGAACAGUCCGUAGUCGUGUGUAGUGUGUUCGUUUAUUGCGCGGUAACAAUGCCUGGGAACUGGCCAUCGAUCCGCUCGAUCGAGGAAUCGUUUGCAACCCUCAUUCUACCCACCGGCGAUGUGAUCGACGAGCUGCGCCAUCUAAUCGACCAGUGCGACAUCUACCGUUACGAGGCAAUCCUGUUAACGCCCUACCUGGUUUCCUUCGCCGAUCUUUUUGGGCGCAAGAUCACCGACGAUCAGCAGCUCAAUGACUUCUUCAAGCAACUUAACGAGACCGCCCUCUCUGACGAGGAAUUUGCGCCGAAAAUGGCAUUCGUGCUGGCGUCGCAGCAGCUGGGUGCCCACACGCCGCACGAAACGAAAGUGCGCAAUGCCAUGAUCGAGACGCUGCAGCAUAACUUCGUCACAUUCCAGCAGCAGGAGGAGAAGGACACGCAGCGGUUCUACAACUCGCUCACGCUCCUGGGCGAGUACUAUCACCGGAAAAAGAUCGGCUACGGGCAGCGCAUCAACAUACUCGGCCAUGCGCUCCUGUCGAUGCUCACGUCCGAGCUGGAGGCCGAAACGAACAAGGCUUGCAAGCAGCAGCCCCCCUACUUCAUCAAUACAGCAUUCGCCAAGCUAAUAGCGACCCAGAUGAACCUGAACGUUGACGUAAUGAAGGAGGACCACCCCAAAGAGAUCAAAGAACUCACGCUAAUGAUUCGCCGGUGUUUGAUCACCGUACCGAACCUGAGCAAGUACACGAAAGCCUACCUGCUGAUGGCUAUCGAUAUGUAUCAUUCCAACCUGACUACAGAUUUAGUGGACAAUCUGUACGACAAGUAUAUCGACAAGGAAGGAAACGGAGAGUCGGAAAUCGUCCCAAUCGUUGAAGAAUCUUCCGAACCAGCUUCGGAACGGAAGAGUAAGAAAUCCCGUUCGAAAGAUCGCAAGGAACGGAAGGAACGGAAGGAACGUAAACCGGUAGCGAAAGAGUCCCGGGAAUCUACCGACCCCGACGGUAGCAGCCGGAGUGGACGCUCGGAGCGAUCUGUAGUAGCGGAAAGUGUCACCGAGGAACCGACCCAGAAUACGCUGCCUUCUGAUUUCGAUCUUGACAAGUACAUUGCGAAGUACUGCCCCACAGUGUACGAACAGAUUUCCCCGGUUGCCGAGCGGAAAAGUAAAAACUCUCGAUCGAAAGAACGCAAAGAGAAGAAAACGUCCUCGUCGAGGUCGAAGAAAUCGGCUCACUCCAAGGAGGAGCACUCUACCGACAAGGAAAACAAACGGCGCCCUUCGUCGAGGACUGACGAUUCGUCUCCAACCCGCAACCGGCAUCACCGGCAAAACGGCGAAGGUGAACGGAGCACGGAACCAGCGAACAGCCCGCCAACAUCACCGAGUAAGAAAAGUUCUCCACAAACAACGAGAACCAUUACGAUCAGCGAACGAUCGCCGACGAGGGAGGGCGGAUCGGACAAGCUGGCCCAGUUGCCGAAAAUUACCAUCACGACGACGGUGGCGACGACUUCGCCACCGGAGAAACAGUCCGACAGCGGGCUAACGUCACCACGGGGGGUACUUGUCGCGUCAGCGAAGCAACCCAAAAGCCCGACGCGUGAUCGCCCUGCUCGACGCACCAUUCUCGAUCAGCAGGAAGACGUUCCGACGAAGGCGAAGGGCAGAAGCAGUUUGAAAUCGGAAUCCCGAAAAUCAGAUCGACACAGAAGGAGCAGCGAAACGCAGCCAUCGGGCGGCGGUGGGACCUGUGGCAAAAAUGUACUGAAACAGCACGGCAACAGUACGAACACGACGGCAGCUUCGAAGCACAAGGCGGGACGGGACACGGACACCAAGAAGGACAGAAGCGGAUCGAAGCAGGAAUCGGACGUUUCAGCGAAGGCCCACGGGGUAGCCACUCCGCCGCCGCAAGGUAGUGACGUUGAGCAGGAAGACAGUAGCACGAAAGGGCAGGAACAUUGCGAUCCGAGCACGGAGAAAGUCUCCUGGUACGAUUUGAUGAUGGAAGAUGAAUCGCCGCAGAAGCCGAAUGCACGCACGGAAUCGCACCCCACCGUGCCUGACCAGCGAGUGACUCCAUUGUAAGAAAAACAAGAGGCAGCGUUCCACUUUUCUCUACUCAUCGUGAGCUUGGAUCAGAGCAUAUAUUUGUUGCUAACCCAUCUGCCGUUUUUAAUAACCUUCCAUACACGAUCUCUUAGUUUAGCGUGUGCAUCGUGUGUGCAUCGGUAGCUAGGCAACGAGCGCGUAGCCGGCAGGGUAAGGACGAAAAAGAUGCCACGAAGCUGGCUCACAAAAGAAUAUUGUAUUGUAGUUACUUUUAAAUAAAACGACGCAAAU